ACAAGCCAAGCAGCAUAUGGAUUUGUCUCACUGAAAUACUCUUAAAUAGUCUUAGAACUAAGCCACCUGUAAGGAGCACAUGCAAUGGCAGACCAAGACCUACUAAUAACAAGUGACGCUGUGGCUCGCCUCAAGCAGGACUACCAGUGGACAGCUACUACAUCGAAUGUGGAUCACAGGGUGGUGGAUAAUUUUAGGAGGAAGCUAAAAUAUUUUUUCAUGAGCCCCUGUGAGAAAUUUCGUGCCAGAGGCCGUAAACCAUGGAAGUUAAUGUUGCAAAUUCUGAAGAUACUGAUAAUCACAGGCCAGCUGGUGUCUUUUGGGCUGAGUAACGAGAUGAUGGUCACCUUCAAAGAAGAAAAUGCCAAGACUUUAAAGCACCUUUUCUUGAAGGGAUAUGAAGAUCAGGACAAAAACUAUGCUGUGUACACAAGUAAAGAAGUGUAUGCCCACAUCAAUUACAUCAUAAAUCAGUACCUGAACCUGCCCAAUCUCACCGUGGGAAAUCAUGCAUAUGAGAAAAAUGGUGGCGUUUACACCCCGCUGUCCCUUUGCCAGGAGUUUUACAGACAUGGGAGCAUCUCCCCAGGCAAUGACACAUUUGACAUUGAUCCAUUUAUUGUGAAAGAAUGUCUGUCUAUCUACCCUCUUGGACCACUCAAAGAGGCUGCAAUACAAGACAUGAAUUUUACUUUGGAUUUUAAGAGGCUACUGUCUGUUAAAGUCUCCUUGAUUAUCAAGACUAUAAAUCUGCAAACAGUGCGGCACAACGAGUUACCCGACUGCUAUGCCUUCAGGACUGUGAUUUUGUUUGACAACAUGGCCCAUAGUGGACGGAUUAAGAUAUCACUGGAUAACCAUGUGCACAUCAAUGUGUGCAAAGACUGGAACAUAUCUGGAUCCUCAGAUAAGGACUAUCACCUCACCCUGAUCCUCACAUUUGAUUCUUUCAUCAUUCUUGCUUGUCUGGUGUCUCUUACUCUAUGCAUACGCUCUGUACUCAAUGGAUUUCAGCUGCAGUCUGAAUAUGCUAUGUUUUUCCAAAAACACUAUCGGAAGACAGUGUCCAUGUCAGACCGUCUGGAAUUUGUCAAUGGCUGGUAUAUUCUUAUCAUCAUCAGUGACACACUUACCAUUACUGGUUCUAUUAUGAAAAUUGGCAUCCAGACCAAGGAGCUAACAAACUAUGAUGUCUGCAGCAUUUUGUUGGGAACCUCAACCAUGUUUGUGUGGAUUGGUGUUUUGCGAUACCUGGGCUUCUUCCAGAAGUAUAAUAUUCUGAUCCUCACCCUGAGGGCAGCCUUCCCAAACGUGAUCCGCUUCUUAACAUGUGCUGUAAUGAUCUACCUGAGCUACUGCUUCUGUGGCUGGAUUGUGCUGGGGCCACACCAUGAAAAUUUUCGUACCUUUAACAUGGUGGCAGACUGCUUGUUUUCCCUGAUCAAUGGGGAUGAAAUAUACUCCACAUUCACCAAACUGCGAGAAAAAACAUACUUAGUCUGGCUUUUCAGCAGACUCUAUGUGUACACCUUUAUCUCCCUGUUCACAUACAUGGUCCUCAGUCUCUUCAUUGCUCUCAUCACAGACACGUAUGAGACUAUCAAGCAACAGCAGCAAGAGGGAAUCCCUGCGUCUGAACUCCAAGCCUUUAUUAUGGAAUGCAAGGAUCUGCCCGCCUCUGGGAAGUACAUGGACCCUGAGUCAGACUCCUGCCUCUUCUUUCCCUGUGCCUGCUACAGCUGAGAGCUUGGCCUGAAUUCCAGAGGCUGCCGGGGCUGAAGAUAGGGAUGUGUCUGUCACAAUUUUUACAUCUCUGCCAGCAGGAUCAUAUCAUACCAAGCUUACAAGUUUAAGUGCACUCUGUAUGGUCAGAGCUUGUCUACAUAAAGGUUAUAGGACACUGUAAAAUGUAAGGCUACAUUACAUAAAUCCUUAGGCUAUACAAAAUGAAAAUCAAAUGUUGAAAAACUGACUAAUUGUACUAUUAUGCUGUAUAUGUAUGCUCAUUUUGGGUUUAAUUCAAAGCCCUCCAGGGAACAUGUUUUUCCAUUCCCUCACAAUUUGCACCCAAUUUGCAUUGAAAUUGUUGCCUUUGCACAUUUAUAUUUAUAUAUAAUAAAGAGAGAAAGAGAGAGAGAAAGAGAGAGAGAGAGAGAGAGAGAGAGAGAGAGAGAGAGAGAGAGU